UUGUUUGUAAAGUUUUUUCCUUUCGUUUCUCAUUAACUUUACGAACGUUCCCCAAAUUUUCUUCGCAACCAAACGCACUCUCAGCGGCGAAGAAUCAACGGGAACCCAAUAUUUUUUUGUUUUGUUUUUUUUUUUCCUUUAUUUUUUUUGAAUCAAAUCCUGCUGUGAGAUGAGGAAAACAGGAGGGACCGAGAAGAAGAGGGUCAGAAGGCAAUCAACUGCUGUUCAAAAUGCUGCCAAAGAUCCCAAUUCCGACACUCCUCCUAGGAAACAAGCUGCAAAGAAGGACGUGUUUCAGUUGUUUGCUGAGAAGGUGAGAGACCACAAGGAUUUAGAAUCAAGGUGGGCUGUUUUACAAGAGACACGUGUUGAGUAUUUCAGAGGCAAGGAUUUUGUUAGUUUUUUGAGAAAUCAUCCGGAGCUCAAGGAUAUUCUUGAUUCAGAUAAGAAUCUGGAAACUGAAGAUAUUGGCAAUGCAUUGCUAAGUAAGAAUCUCCUAGUUCGGUGUGAUCGUGUGGUGAAAACUGUUCGUCCUGGAAAGAGAAAAUUGUCUACAUGGCCCGCACAUCUGGAGAUAUUCCCGGAUCAGGUGUUCUCUGAACAUGAUGCCUUUUUUGCUUGGACGUUUGUUAAGCGGCGGCCAUUUUGGCAGACACUUCUUUCAUUUUGUUGGCCUGUGUUGACGCUUGCAAUAUGCUUGUUUCCUGUAUAUCCUCAUCAGUGCAAGCUUUUGAUACUCUACUCAUGCGCUGGGGUUCUGCUGCUUAUACUCUCACUUCUUUUAUUGAGGGGAGCAGUAUUUGGUGUUUUGUAUAUUCUUCUGGGUAAGCGCAUGUGGUUUUUCCCCAAUAUUCUCGCGGAGGAAGCAACUUUGCGAGAAUUAUUCCGGUUUUGGCCGAACAAAGAUGAAGAAGAGAAACCAAAAUGGACAACAAGACUUUUCUAUGCAAUGGUGGCUGUACUGAUCAUAUUACUCAUGAGGCAUCAUGCUCCUGAUGAGGCUGCCAGAGCAAGAUAUCAAAAGCGUGUGUCGAAUAUCAUCGACGAUGUUCUCGAAUGGUCUCCAAGACUUGCUCUUUCUGGGAUGAUGGAGAAGCAGCAAACAGUGGUGAAUGCCACAAAUCCAGACCCCGAAAUGGCAGAGAACCAAACAGUUGACAGUACAGGUUCGGAUUCUAUCCCAGAACAACCUGAGCCAGAAAUUGUAGACGAUGUAGUGGACUCUGAUCAAUAUAAUCGCGACAGUGACCAUACACAUCAGUAGAGGUCUGUUUCAAUGUUUUGUGGAAGAGGAGAACCAUGAUAAAUGUGUUCUUAUAUCAGCUUUGUUUUUUGUUUUUUCUAUUUUUGUUAAAACAGUUGGUUUUUGUUACCUAUAACCUUUUUAGGAGUCACUGAAGUUGGUUUAUAUCCAAACUAAAGUGAGCUUUUUUACUGAGUUCUUUAUGAUUCACACCACAAAUCAUCUGUGACAUGUACAUGUAAACUCUCUCUCUUUAAAAUGUUGCAAAUACUCGUUGAUUGAUUUUGCUGACA